AUGUCAUCAUCUUCACCUUCUCCCAUAAAAUCUUUUAAAUCAUCAUCAUCAAUUUUCGAAUUUCGUCAUAACUCAGAUAAUCAACAAGAUUGGGAAAUUGGAAAAGAUAAUGAACGGGUUAAUCCAUUAUUUAAAUCAUUAGCAUUAAUUUGUAAUAAUAUUUUAAAUAUGGAUUUGAAAAUUAAAUCGCAUUCAUAUUAUCGAUUGCAAUUAUUAGAGAAACUUAUUAGUACUCAAAAACGGUUAGAAAAUCUAUCAAUUAUUGAUAAUAGUUUUCUAGGUCAUGAUGAUUCUAAUUCAAUAUUAUGGGCUAUCAUUAAACUUUAUAUUGAAGAUUUUUAUGGAUUGUCGAAAUCGGAUAGCAUAUUCUUUGCCUCAUCAUUCACUCAAUUAAAUAUUUUUCAUUAUUUUUAUUCGAGUUAUCAAUCUGGAUUGGAAGCUAAUAAAUUAUUAUAUCAAAUGGCAGAAAAUGUACCAGAAUCACUUGAAACUAUUGAAAUUAAAAUUAGGAAAUUUAGUUCUGAUAGUUUAAGAAAAUUUUUUGACGGGUGGUGUUGUAAAGGAGUUAUUGAAGAAUACGGAGUUCAAUUUGAUAUCGAAGAAUAA